GUGGUAGUACUUGGAAGUGGUGGAGUUGGUAAAUCAGCACUUACUGUGCAAUUCGUAUCGAAUACUUUUAUUGAAAAAUAUGAUCCAACUAUUGAAGAUUUCUACAGGAAAGAAAUUGAAGUUGAUGGACAACCUUGUGUUCUUGAAAUACUUGAUACAGCUGGUACAGAACAGUUUGCAUCAAUGCGUGAUUUAUAUAUCAAAAAUGGACAGGGAUUUGUCGUUGUUUAUGCCAUUACUAGUCAGCAAACAUUUCAUGAUAUAAAAACAAUGCGUGAUCAAAUCAUUAGAGUUAAGGGUACUGAUCAAGUUCCUCUAUUACUUGUUGGAAAUAAAUGCGAUUUGGUUCAUCAAAGGCAGGUUCGAGUUGAGGAUGGUUUAAGCCUCGCUGAAUACUGGUCAUGCCCAUUUACGGAAUGCUCAGCAAAAAAUGCGCAUAAUGUAAACACAGUUUUCGCUGAAAUUGUUCGCGAAAUGAAUUAUGUUCAGAAUACUCGAGCUAAACAAAAUCAGGGAUGCUGUGCAAUCUUUUAA